AUGUCAACUUUUAUGAAUAUAUCUAAUCAAAGUGAUAUGAACCAAAAGAAUCAUAUUCGAUCUUGUGCUUCUUUUUUUGCUCUUUCAUGUUUAACUUGUGGGAAUCAAGUUAGAGGAGAUCAUUGGCAUCAUGGUCUUGGAUCGCCUGGUGAUACUGUUUUAUGUUGUGGACCUUGUGCUUGGAGUCAUAUGCAGGAUGCUAUGUCUGUUGGCACUGCAAGUGUGGAGGUAAAAGAACAAGGAGCUGAACUGGAAGAAGAUGGGGAGGAAGAGGGUUUCAAUGAUGAUACCGUUAGUGGAGAUAGUGCCGGGUUAAAGAGGAAAAAAUGGGAAAGGAGAAAUAGGAUAAUUACUCCCAGAUCAGAUCAAGUACCAGAUGGAAGAGAGAGGUUUGAGAUGCAAAUUAGUAUGCAUCAAGUAUGA